AUGAAGCCUUCUAAGCUGGGACUUCUCCUGGGACUCGUCCUCUUCUGCUUUCUCAUUCCUCCAGUAAUGAGCGCCGUUGGGAUGCUUGCUAAGCACCUCUGCAGAGAAUACAACGAUCCUUGUUUUUUGGAACCAGAUCCUGGCAGCUGCUAUGAAGUACAUUUAAAAUUUUUCUACAACAGAACUGCCAAACAGUGUCAAAUUUUUCUGUUCACUGGCUGUGAUGGUAACCUUAAUAAUUUCAAUCUUAAAAUAGACUGUGAUGUUGCUUGUCACGAAGCAUACAAAAACCCCCCGAUUCCAGAUGCUGAUAGGAGGAAGCGGUCUUUAAGAGAAACAAAGAACCUUGCUAUGGACUUGAGCUUGACCACUUUACAGCCUGGUAGACUGAAGCAGCCAGAGAGAAAAGAGACCUGGAUCCAGAGAGCACGGAGAGAGUCCAGACUGCAACGGCUGGCCAUUCAUCAUGGCUAG